AGUUAUUUUGGAUCCUACAUUUAACAGAUAAAAGCUGGUAUCGGGCAAAAACAGCACACUGACCACUGCUGCAAAACGACAGAGAAACUGGGAACAUGGGUUUUCUUCUAUUACUGCUUUGUUUAGGUUAUAUCUCACAGCUGGUCUCUUCACAGACAUUCCUGGUGACGGCUCCCAACGUUUUUCAUGUUGGCACGAGGGAAAAGGUGUCGGUCCAGGUCGGGGAGAGUUUGCUGAACAAACCUGUGACCUGUUACUUAGAGCAGGAGGUGGGACGUGUUCUUAUGUCAAAAAAAGAGACUAUAUGGAUCUCUGAAAAAGGAAAAAUUGGAACACUAGAGCUUGAGAUUUCACCCAACAGAGAUGAACACUCACAAUCAGCUACGGCAGAUCCAUCUUAUCUUAAUCUGGUGUGUGAUGUUGAUGAAUCUAAGAGAAAGAUAACUCGAGUGUUGGUGUCCCAGCACAGAGGCUAUAUCUUCAUCCAGACAAACCAGCCCAUGUACAACCCUACACAGAAAGUUCUGUACAGGAUUUUUACCUUGAAUCAUGCCAUGCGCCCAGUAUCCGAGAUCAUACACGUGUACUUAAUUAAUUCAGAAGGAAACACUAUCAAGAGAAUUAUAACCAGAUCUAAAGCAGGCAUUUCUGACAAGGACUUCCAUAUUCCUGAUGUUUCUCAGCCGGGUGUGUGGAAGAUCAAAGCUCACUACGAAGGUGAUGAGAAGAGUGCUACCAUUCGGGAAUUCAAGGUGCAAAAGUUUGUUCUUCCUAGUUUUGGUGUAACCAUCAAGCCUAAAACUGACCAUCUCCUUGUGAGCGCUGAAAACUUUCAAAUCUCCAUUGAUGUUUCCUAUUCAUAUGGAAAGAAAAUCAGUGGUGGGUUUCACUGUCGCUUUGGAUUGAGAGCGGAGAAUACAAAUGACAUCAAGUUCCUCAAAGGGCUAGAAAAAAUUGGACCAGUAAGAGACGGAAAAGCUGAAAUCACUCUAAACAUUUCAGAUAUCAAAGAGAAACUGAAACCCUUAAAGCUGGAAGAUGUUGCCCAGAAUGGAGCACGUUUCUACAUCGCUGUUACUGUUACAGAUACCUUAAGUGGUGAGGUACAAGAGUCAGAAAUAUUCCUCCCCAUCGUGGCACAGCGAUACAAACUGGAUCUAGAGAGAACCCGAUCACAUUUUAUUCCUAAAAUGCCUUUUAAUGUUAAGGUAGUGGUGCGUUCUCCAAAUGGCGUUCCAGCUACAGCUGUUCCAGUGAAAAUAAGUGUAUCACACACCAAUGAGAAAUCCACAACCGUAAAUACAGAUGAUGACGGAGUAGCAUAUUAUACUUUUAACGUUGAACAAUCACCACAGUCCAUUUCUGUUGAGGCAAUAGUCGAUGGAAUCAAGUCAGAAAAAAAUGUGGCUAUUGCCACUUCUUCAAGCAAUAACUUCCUGCUGAUCAGUGUGAACAAUAAGGUUCUGGCACCUGGAGAACAGCUGAAUUUUAAGUUUGACAUUGUGAACGGCCAACCGAACGACGACUACAUUUACUACUUGAUCCUCAGCAAAGGUGCACUCAGACAGUCAGGUUCUGUUAUAGCAGGACGUACAACCACCAUUAGCAUGACCCUCAGCCAUGACUUGAUUCCAUCCUUCCGCCUCAUUGGAUAUUAUUAUGACAGAAACGGUGAAAUUAUAGCAGACUCCAUCUGGGUAGAUAUCAAGGAUGUGUGUGAGGGAAAGGUUGUAAUAACAGAAAAGGACAGUACUAAAAGCAAAUUCAGGAGUCCAUCACAAACCAUUGAUCUUAACAUUGAUGUGGAACAGCAACAAAAUGCAUUGGUUGCUUUACUGGCUGUGGACAAAGCCAUCUAUUCCCUGAAUGCCGAAAACAAACUCACCACAAAACAGGUCUUCUCCUCUAUGCAGUCGUAUGAUCUGGGAUGUUCGUAUGGAGGUGGUGGAAACGCUGCUGCAGUAUUUAAUGAUGCCGGAUUGUCUUUCAUCUCUCACUCUCAAACUCUCAAGUCACAGAUGAGGAUAGGAUUUGCCUGUGAGUCAGGUUUCAGGCGGCAGAGACGUGCCAUAGACCUUCAGAAAGAAUUGGCCAAAAAAGAAACCGAGUUUCUAGAUGCAGCGCUGCAGAAGUGUUGCCGUCAAGGCCUAACAUUGCUCCCGAUGAAGCUGAGCUGCGAGGAGCGAAAGAAAAGAAUGAAUUCAGCUAAUGAAUGUGUGGAGGCUUUCAUGAAAUGCUGCAACUUUGCCACCGCACUGAGGAAAAACAAGAGGCAGGAAGAAAUGCUGAGUGGUUAUGGCAGAACUGCUACUGCUAGUGCGAUUGAAAACUUUUUUGAAAACGAUAUCCAGUACAUUCGGCACAGUUUCCCUCCCAGCUUUGCAUUUGACACUUUUAAAGUGAAUGGCCACAUUACAAAAAGGAUCAUUCUCCCUGAUUCCAUCACUACCUGGGAGAUACAGGCUGUCAGUUUAUCUCUUUCUCAUGGUUUUUGUGUAGCCAAGCCUUAUGACAUCCUGGCAUAUAAGGAGCUGUUUAUCUCUUUGCAACUUCCAUACUCUGUCAGGAAGAAUGAACAAAUGGCCAUUGUUGUGGUUAUCCACAACUAUGGAAAGAAAGAAAAAGAGCUUGCUGUUCAUAUGAAACAAGUAGAAGGCUUGUGUUCACCGGGUGCUUUAUCCACCGAUUCCUACGUGAACAUCAGUUUGAGCAGCAGUAGCUCUGAGACAGUGACCUUUUCUGCUGUUCCUCUGAUGGAGGGUGAAAUCCCGAUCACUAUCCAACUAUAUGACCGAGAAUUUAGUGAGGGUGUGGAUGCCAUUCAGAAGACACUGUUGGUGAUGAACGAAGGAGUCCGUGAUGAACAGGAGACAAGUACAUUAAUAAACCUGGAUGGAAAAAAGGAUAUAAUCAUUGAUAUUGAUGGAUCCCUUCCAAAUGGUACAGUUCCUGGCACAGAUAGCAAUAUCUUUGUCAAAAUUGAAGAUGAGGUAUUUGGUGUAGCAGCUGCCACACCCCUACUUACACCAGCCAACGUGAACAAGCUGAUCAAAGCCCCUCAUGGUUGUGCUGAACAAACUAUGAUCAGGAUGUCACCCACGGCUCUGGCCAUUCGAUACCUGGAUUCAAACAACCGAUGGCUGGAACUGGAACCUGAGAUGAGAGACAAGGCACUGAAGAACAUAGAUGAUGCCUAUAAUAGAAUUCUGACAUUCAAAAAGCCUGAUGGAUCAUAUGGAGCAUGGAAAAAUUAUCCCACCAGUAACUGGCUAACUGCCCUGGUUGUGAAGGUGUUAUCCCUUGUGGCUGAUUGUGAAUUAUCAGUAACAGAAGACAAAUUGAUCGUCUCACAACUUGAAAUUCGGAAUUCAGUCAAUUACCUUAUUGAACAGCAGGGCAAAGACGGGUCAUUCACCGAUCCUAAUCCAGUCAUUCACAGAGAAAUGCAGGGUGGAAUUGGGGGUGUUGAACAAGAUGCCUCCCUCACCGCUUUCACAGCCAUUGCCCUUAACCGUGCCCUUCCUUUCAUGGACCAGGAAACUGAAUCUGUGAGCAAUAGUAUCUCUCAAGCCACCAGAUAUCUUCUUUCUCGUGUUGAUGAACUACAAAGGCCCUUUUCUCUGGCUAUUACAACCUACUGUUUAUCCCUUUGUCUUGAAGACAACACAUUGGCUUUGUCAGCUUGGGGGAGACUUAAAACUAUGGCAAUAAAAGAGGGUGACUGUAAGGUGUGGAGGGAUAAUGAGGACAUGCGAUUGCAAGAUGAGAAAAAUAAACAAAACGUUCCCCCAACAAUGGCUCUUACAGUUGAGACCACCGCAUAUGCUCUUCUUGCUGCUAUAAAACUUAAAGAUUUUGAAAAUGCAAAAAUGGCUGUCUGCUUCCUGUCCUCCCAAGAGAACUAUGAAGGCGGGUUCAAAUCCACCCAGGAUACAAUUAUAGCUUUGGAAGCGCUCUCAGAGUAUGCACUGCACUUACCCCAAGAGACUUUAGAUUUCAAAGUGCAGUUUACCAGUUUGAAGAGGAAUGAAAAAGAGGGUCUGUCCUUUAACAAGAAAGGCGAGAAAAAGGAGACAGAUUUAAAGAGACUGCUGGGAAGUGACAUCCUUGCAACGUUUUCAGGGAAAGGCCAAGCAAAAGUAAAGGUGGUGAAGGCUUACUUUGUCCCAGACACUUCCUCCCAUUGUAGUGAACUGGCAAUAUCCGUGACAGUGCAAGGCAAAGCAGAAUAUACAACUCAGGUAUCAGAAACCUAUGACUAUGACUACAGUAAUAAUUAUGAGAUGGAAAGGAAGGAGGAGGAAGAUUACCCUCGCUCGGCCAUCGAGUGGUUUGAUGCUCGCACCAGACGCAGACGGGACAUCCAGUCGAGCCAGAACUCUGAAAACAUAAUGUACACAGUGUGCAUCAGUCACUCCAGAGAGCGGAAUCUCACAGGCAUGGCUAUUGCAGAUAUCACAUUACUCAGUGGCUUUGAGCCUGAAACCGAUGAUCUGGAUUUGUUAAAAAAUGCAGAAGCCCCAUACAUAUCUCACUACGAGUUUACAAAUGGAAGGGUCCUGUUAUAUUUUAAUGAGAUGCAUAACAGUGAAGAAUGUAUUGCAUUUGGAGCUGUACAAAGGGUGCCAAUAGGCUUGCUGCAGCCUGCUCCUGCUUCAUUCUAUGACUAUUAUGAACCAGAAAGAAGAUGCACAGUGUUCUAUGCUGCCCCAAAAAGGAGCAAGAUGGUGUCUGCUCUGUGUGUGAAUGAAGUGUGCCAGUGUGCUGAAAGGCCUUGUUUCAAAGCAAAAGAAUCAGACACAAAAACAUUAAUAAAUAUCCAAAAAGAGGACCGCUUCAAGCAUGCUUGCUACCAACCUGUAGCUGAUUACGGCUUCAUGGUCACUGUGAAUUCUGUGGAGGAUAAAAAAUCCUUUGACUUUUACCACACUACUGUGACUGAGGUCCUCAAAUUCAAUGGAGAUUUUACUGUGGAUGUCGGUGACAGUCGUUAUUUUGCCAAGCGGAAACAUUGUAAGAGUCAGCUGAUUUUAGGGGAGACUUACCUCAUCAUGGGAAGAGACGGCUUGACCACUGACAACAAUGGACAAAUGGUGUACCUUUUGGAUGCAAAUACAUGGGUGGAGCAGAAGCAGACCAGUAAAUGCAAAGGAUCAGCCUGGCGCUUGUAUUGCAAGAAAUUUAAAGAUUUCCGCAGAGAAUACCAAGUUAAAGGCUGCUCCCAGUAAUUCAGUCAAUUAAUGACAACAUUACGGUAGAAUACACGCAGCUGAAUGAAAUCACAGCAGUACAAAUAGAUUGCAUGUUGUGGAUCAACUGGUUUCUGUCCCUGAGAUUCUGCUCCAAAAUGUAGAAGUCUAGAAGUGAUUGCACUCUGACUGGACAAAAAUAGUAGCAUAGAAUUCACUUUAAUUUCUUGACUAUUUUGACUGCUGCAUAUUGUGCUUAGUGUCACAGGUUUGGAAACAUCAAUUAUUUUCUACAAUCAGCAACAGAAACAUCACUAAUUAUUCCUAAUUGUUCUUAGUAUACACAAUCUUAAGGUAAAUUGAAAUAUUUCUCAAUUUGUUUUUAAUUAUUGAGUGUAAUGCACAUUUCAUCUUUCAAUUUUUGCUGGCUUCUCAUAUAUUAACUUCACUUAAUAUAUGAUAUCUUCUGCUCUGUUUAUUUACAGACUUUAUACUGUACUAUAUGUACAGAGCAUUUGCUAUUAUAAAGUGUAACAAGGUGUACCAAAUAAAACAAUUAACCUAAAAGCAAA